GAAAUAUUAAAAAUCGAUUCAGCAAUCAUGGAUUUAUAUAGCAGACGAAGUAUGAAAAAUCAGCCAGAAAAUAUGUUCAGCCCUCAAUUCAAGGAAGAAGAGAAGCAGCAAAAUUGUAUGCAAGAGAGAGGAUACCUCCCGGGAGAAUCUAUGCAAGAACGAGGAGAGCAGAGGGAUAAGGUUAUUGGAUCACCUACUAAAACUAUCUUUAAAAAGAAGAACUUCAGAGAGCUUUCAGUUACUGAUAUCAUGCCCAGUCUCAAAGCAAGACUAACUGAAAAACAAGUAGCUUCUGUGAUGCCUAAAAACUCAAUGGGAUUUAUUGGUUUCUCCAAACAAUUUUCACACUUCAUCAUCUGCCCUGUUUUCUUAAAUUAUAUUGAAGUGUCUGAUUACCUUGAGAUCAGGAAGGGAUGAAGGUACCUUUGGGAUUGCUAUGAUUAUCACAUUCUCGAAGAGCUAGUAAAAAUGAAUAACUUAGAUCCCUAUUUGAGAACAAACCUUUGGCUUUCAGUAACACCAUAUCACAUAAACCAGAGUAAAUCAAGAGAGAUGGUAAAAGCUAUUGAAGAAGAAAACACCUCCAAACUUGAAGAUAUGACCAAUCCUGAGCUUAAAGCCCUCUACCUCACCCAAAGUAAUUUAGACUGCUGCUCUGUAUUUGACAACGUGUACACAAAGCUUCUUUGAAAAUCGAAAUCUUUGGAAUGCCUUGUCCGUAAGGUUACAUCAGAAGUGGAUAAAUUCAAAAUUCAAAAAUCUACCAGUAAUCUAUACGAAGAUGAAGAUUUUGAUGUAUUAAAUAACCUCUCCUUAUGCCAUAACAUCUUACUCCCUGAGCACUCCAAUGAUACAUUAGAGUACCUCGAUGCACUGUUCCAAGGCAGUAGAGACGAGGAAAUAGCAUUCUGGAUAUCCCUCUGUAUUUCUGAGAGCAAAGCGUACCAACGAAAAUCACAGCUUAAGAAAAUGGUUGAUAUCAGAACUCUUGAGCUAUUUGCUGAAAAAUAUUGUCCACUUCUACAUAAAUUACUGAGCGACACCAAAGAAUGGGACAUAAUAUGUACCAAUUUUGUUAACAAUUUUGGAUGCAAAUUUUUGGAAUAUCCCGAAAGCCUCUCCAUUAUCGACAGUUUCCUAGUUUCCGGCAUUAAAGGAUUCUUUGAACGAAUUAUCAUUAUUUUUAAAAAUCUUGAAGAAUUCAUUCAAAACUGAAUUGAAGAGGAAGCUGAAAUGGAAUCAUCUAUCUACUCACCUCCUCAGAAGAGUACUAAAUAAGGGAGGAUUUUCUGAGAUAUUUUACAGUGAAAGCUACAGAAAUAUGCCUGGUCAAAGUUAUGUGACCCCAAGAAAAACCACAAGACGUUCAGUUAGAGAGUUCUUGAGCCACUAUUCAGCAUCAGACCUCUCAUUCCAAUUGGUAGUAGACUGAGUAGGGUCGUUCCAAAAUUGAUACAACAUAAAGUUGACUGAAAACGAGCUUAAGGAAACUCAAAAGCAAGCUCUCAAAAGAGUCAUCGAAGAGGCUUCCUUUUCAAUAAACAAUAAAAUCUUUGAAAAAGAGAAUUUUUCAGAUAUCAAAAUCAAGCUUAAGCUCCUCAACGAGAAGAAAGAGAAGGACUUGCAAGCUAUUCUUAUUAAGAAAGGAAAGCUAAAUGCUUAUUAUGAAACCCAGAAUCAGGAGUUCAUGAAAGUUGAAGAUGCUUAUCAUGAAGCCCAGGAAGCUGUAGACCAUAUGAAAAAGAAGGUAGAUAUUUUGAGGGAUACCCAAAUUUUGAUAACUAAGGAAAUUUGGAGAAAAAAGCAGCUUAUAAAGAUCGCGUCAACAAAUAAAACAUUUCAUACAUCGUUUAAAAAGAGUAGAGUUCCUCGUAGCAGAAAUAAGCAUAAGGACACACCAAAUAUAAUUAGAUAUGCUUCCUACACUAGAGAUGACUGUCCUGACCCAAGCUUCAUGUACUCUUCUGAAACACCAACAAAUCCUAACUCCUCAUUCACUUCCUCCAACAGAGGAGUUUCCUUCCCACCAGGGUUUUUCAAAAACACCUUACGAGAAGAGGUAAUAGAACUAGAAAAACUGCAGGAAGACGUUGACGAAAUCGAAGAAAAAAUCUACUACGAAAAAGAGUGUUUAGAACACUACUCUUCCCACUACGCUCAAACCAGAGAUCAGUACUUGGACAAGAGAGCUUCUCUAGAAGACCUCAUGGACUUCAGGAACUGAAUUAUAGCACAAGAGAAGUUUAUACUAGAGAGUUAUGCUUCUGAUAAGGACAAGCUGCUUGAUGGAUGUCUUCUGCUUGUGUAG